AUGCCGCUUGUCAAAAUUGAUGUUAUUCGAGGCGCGUGGUCCACCAACGAACUCAGAUUGAUCGCGGACGUCAUCCAGCAGGUGAUGAUGACCCAUUUUAAUGCUCCUAAACGGGACAGAUACCAGAUCAUUACCCAGCACGAAGAUUAUGAGCUCAUUUGCGAGGACACCAAUCUGGGCUACACUCGAACCAAAAGAAUAGUGAUCAUUCAGAUCUUGCAACAAGGCCGGAAUGCGGAGAAAAAACAGCAGGUCUUUAAAGCAUUGUCUGAGAAUCUGUGGGAAAAGUGCUCCGUGGCUGGUGAAGAUUUGAUUAUCACCUGCGCUGAAAACACCCAGGCAGACUGGAGCUUCGGGAUGGGCAUCGCACAGUUUGUCACUGGACAGCUGUGA